AUGGUAAAUCUGAAGGGACGUUUUCCUCAGGCGGGCGGCUACGCCGUGGAAACCCUGAAGGGACGGUUCCCUCAGGCGGGCUCCGCCAUUGCGCCCGAGGAACGGCAGAAAGGGCUUCAUACGGCCUCCGUCAUGGCACUCCGAGGGCAGGGCACAAAGGGCAGGGGGCAGCUCCCCGCCGCUAGCUCGAGAGUUCGGCAAGGAGGAGAAGCCCCGGCAGGGGACAGGCCGGCGCUGAACGGACGGGGCCGAACAGGGCCAACAUGGCGGCGAGGGGCGGGCAAAAUGGGCGCUGUCGCCGCCUCCCCGCCUCGCCCGUCCCGUCUCGUCCCCUCCCCGGCGGCGUCGCCCCCCGCCCCCGGCGGAUCUCGCGAGAGCGGGCGCUGCGCUGCGGUAGGAGGUCGGCGGAGAAGGACGGACGGAGCCGCCGCCGCUCCCGCCGCCGCCGCCUCAACCUCCUCGCCUUCCUCCUCCUCCUCUUCCUCCUGCCCCUGCCUCAGGAAGAUGCCGCGCUCCGGGCCGCUCCCCGCCGCCUUCUCGCUCCUGCUGGCGACGGCCGCGCUGCUGCCGGGACCCGCCGCGGCGCAGAACGAGCCGCGGAUCAAUGCCAGCGAGGACGUGGUGCUGCACGGGGCCGGCAUGGCCGUCACGCUGCAGUGCAACCUGACCAGCAGCCCCAGCCCCCUGGCCGCCAGCUACUGGGUGAAGAACGGAGAGGAGAUCCCGGGCACCAGGAAAGCCUCCAACACCACCGAGUACAGGAUCCUGAAGGCCCGAGCAGAGGAGUCAGGGGAGUACCUGUGUGUGUUCGUGUUCUCCGGCUCGCCCGUGGCCAACGCCACCAUCGAGGUCAGAGCCACUCCUGACAUCACUGGGCACAAGAGGAGUGAGAACAAAAACGAGGGCCAGGAGGCCCUGAUGUACUGCAAGUCCGUGGGCUUCCCCCACCCCGAGUGGGUGUGGCGCAAGAAGGUCAAUGGGGUGUUUGAGGACAUCAACAACUCCUCGGGCAGGUUCUUCAUUUCCAACAAAGAGAACUACACCGAGCUGAGCAUCACAAACCUGCAGAUCAACGAGGACCCCGGCGAGUACCAGUGCAACGCCACCAACCAGGUGGGCUCCGUGUCGGUCACCACCAUCCUGCGCGUGCGCAGCCACCUGGCCCCGCUGUGGCCCUUCCUGGGCAUCCUGGCAGAGAUCGUCAUCCUGGUGGUCAUCAUCGUCAUCUACGAGAAGCGGAAGCGGCCGGACGAAGUUCCCGACGAUGAUGAACCAGCUGGGCCAAUGAAAACCAAUUCUACAAACAAUCACAAAGACAAAAACUUACGUCAGAGAAACACAAAUUAAAAAUGCUCAUCAUGUAAGUAUUGCCUGUGCCCGGCCGGGAGCGGGCAGGCCCAGCCCUCCUGCCCGGAGUGCUGGGGGGAGCAGCAGAGCAUUCCCUGCAUUAAACAUUAAACAUUAAACAUUCCCACUGCGCCCCAGGGAGCGCGGGGGGGACCAAACAUUGAUUUCCUCAGACAGGCGGGGGGUUUAAGGACCUGCUUGCUAAAAUCUGGGCAAAGCUGCCCAGCCCUCCUGAUUGAUUCCCCCCUAAACGGAGGAGCUGGGGCUGUCGGGAGCCGUGCCCCGGUGGGAGCGCGGGGAUUGCAGGCUGCGGCGGCUCGCACUGUUCACCAUUGACUAGCACCUCUUUCUCGUUUCUUUUUUAGAGCUUUAAGUUUCUGAGAGACUGAUGGCAAUAUGACCUGCUAAAUUUAAGGGUUGGAACUCUUGGUUCUAGAACUCCAGUUCUGUCUGAUUUCUUUUUUUUUUUUUUUUCUUUCCUUUCCAAGUGAGCAACAAUAUGACUGUCUAACGCAUGCCUUAUUUAGUCUCUCCUGCAAGGAUGACCUAGCCAGAUGAAUUUUAAUAAUGCUUCCGUGUAGAAGGUGUAAACUCUUUUGGGCUUGAUGUGCUGUGAAUGUUGCUUUUUUUUUCCUCCUUUCCUCUCUUUACACGAGCAGUAGCCAGGCGGGUUCACGCAUGCGCUGUUUUUUACUUCCUGUAGCUGUUAAAUUCAGCACCGCUCAAACCGCACCGCUGCCAUCUAGUGAGACUUCUUUUGUAAAGUACAGCAAAACUUAAAGAUAUAUACAGUAUAUAUUUAUAUUUGGGGGAGGGGAAACCAGAAGUCGUUGUGGUUCAUUUUGAAGCUGCUGAUAUUCAUUCCUUACUGUAUGGCUGGAAGGAGGGAGUGAUGCCGGGCCGGUGCUCGCAGCAGGGACAUUGGAAUUUCCUUAAGGGCUUUAACCAUGGAGCGCGGGGUGUCCUGUUGGGCGUCGGGGCUGGGUGGUGCCAGGGGCUGCUGGUGGUGGUGGGAUGCAGUUGGAAACGAAAACAAACCUUCAGUUUAUAAAUAUAUAUAUAUGAUUGCUUUUUAAGUGAUUUUUUUUUUUUUUUUGUUAACUCAUGUAAAUUCUCAAAUCCUUUUGCACUGACGUGUUCAACAUAUUCUUGUACAUUCAAUUCAGGCAAACUUUUAUAAUUUUUUUCUUUUUUUUUUUUGUUUUGUUUUGUUUAAAUGAUGAAAUGUUACAGCAUGGUGAUAUUCUAUGCAACUAGUUAUUCCUCUUUAGUUUGACACUGUAAUUUCUCAUGAUUUAAAGAUUGUAGAAAUAGACCUACCAGGGUUCUCAUGAUGUGCGUAACUGUAGCUGCAUGAACUCGUGUUCUGUGUAUUUGUUGAAGUGCAAUGAUGUAUAAAAAGUGGAUUCACCUGUUUUUAAAAAUAAAACACCGACAAAAGCC